CUGAACAAAGACCUGAGACAUUAUCUCAACCAGAGGUUUCAGAAAGGAUCGCCAGAUCACGAUCUGCAGCAGACUAUUAGAGAUAACCUUUAUCGCCAUGCUGUGCCUUGCACAACCCGUCCUCCAAGAGAAGGAGAAGUGCCUGGUGUGGAUUAUAACUUUCUGACUGUGGAGGAGUUUCUGGAGUUGGAGCGAAGUGGGACCCUUCUGGAAGUAGGAACUUACGAAGGUAACUAUUAUGGAACGCCCAAGCCUCCCAGCCAGCCCCUCAGUGGGAAAGUGACUUCCCCCGAUGCUUUGCAAAACCUGCAGUCUGGCUCCAAGCAGUCGACUCCAAAGCGAACCAAGUCUUACAAUGAUAUGCAAAAUGCUGGCAUAGUGCAUACAGAGAAUGAGGAAGAGGAUGAUGUACCUGAAAUGAGCAGUAGCUUCACAGCAGAGUCUGGUGACCAAGACGAGCAUAAUACGCAUAUCGUAAGAGAGACAGCCCCACCGUCCGCGAUUGAUAGCCACACCAACGUUCCCACCACGGAACCAUCUCAGAACCUCCCUCAAUACCUACCUCCUUCUGCCGAGGAUAACCUAGGUCCUCUGCCGGAAAACUGGGAGAUGGCCUACACCGAAAACGGAGAAGUCUAUUUUAUAGACCAUAACACAAAAACAACAUCUUGGCUAGAUCCACGGUGCCUGAACAAACAGCAGAAGCCUCUAGAAGAAUGUGAAGAUGAUGAAGGGGUACACACGGAGGAACUGGACAGUGAACUAGAGUUGCCUGCUGGUUGGGAGAAAAUUGAGGAUCCCGUAUAUGGUGUCUACUAUGUAGACCACAUCAACCGGAAGACACAGUAUGAAAACCCAGUUCUUGAAGCAAAGAGGAAGAAACAGCUUGAGCAACAGCAACAGCCACCAGAAGGAAAGCCUUUUUUUACACGAAACCCUUCUGAGUUGAAAGGGAAGUUCAUCCACACCAAGCUAAGGAAAAGCAGCAGGGGUUUCGGCUUCACUGUCGUUGGAGGGGAUGAGCCGGAUGAAUUUCUCCAAAUAAAAAGUUUGGUGCUUGACGGCCCCGCAGCAUUGGAUGGCAAAAUGGAAACAGGGGACGUCAUAGUCAGCGUGAACGAUACCUGUGUGCUGGGGCACACUCACGCUCAAGUUGUGAAGAUCUUCCAGUCCAUCCCCAUCGGUGCCAGCGUGGACCUCGAACUGUGCCGAGGCUACCCCCUGCCCUUUGAUCCCGAUGAUCCCAACACGAGCCUGGUUACGUCCGUGGCAAUUUUGGACAAAGAGCCGAUCAUUGUGAACGGGCAGGAAAAUUACGACUCUCCGGCGAGCCACAGUAGUAAAACAGGGAAAGUAAAUGGCACAAAGGAAGCAAGACCCAGCAGCCCGGCUGAGGUCUCUUCCAACGGACCCCAUGGUUACCCCAAUGACACGGUCUCUUUGGCAUCUUCGAUAGCAACACAACCUGAACUCAUAACUGUGCAUAUAGUGAAAGGGCCUAUGGGCUUUGGGUUUACUAUAGCAGACAGUCCCGGUGGGGGCGGCCAAAGAGUGAAACAAAUCGUGGACAGCCCGCGGUGCCGCGGCCUGAAGGAGGGCGAUCUUAUAGUCGAAGUCAACAAGAAGAAUGUGCAGAGCCUCACUCACAACCAGGUGGUGGAUAUGCUGAUUGAAUGUCCUAAGGGAAGCGAAGUCACGUUGCUGGUGCAGCGAGGAGGACUGCCGGUCCCAAAGAAGAGCCCAAAGUCGCAACCACUUGAAAGGAAAGACAGCCAAAACAGUUCUCAGCAUAGCGUCUCCAGCCACCGCAGCGGGCACACCGCUUCCCCCGUUCACAGCACACAGGUGCUGCCGGACUACACUGCCGCGGAGCCGCCGGCUGCGGAUCAACCGGACAGUUCUGGGCAGAAAAAGCCAGAUCCAUUCAAAAUCUGGGCCCAGUCCAGGAGCAUGUAUGAAAGCCGACUUCCAGAUUACCAAGAGCAGGAUAUCUUUCUAUGGAGAAAGGAAACCGGUUUUGGAUUUAGGAUUCUAGGUGGAAAUGAGCCUGGAGAACCUAUUUACAUCGGUCACAUUGUACCGCUGGGUGCUGCUGAUGCUGACGGCCGCCUGAGAUCGGGUGAUGAACUGAUCUGCGUGGAUGGAACGCCUGUUGUCGGGAAAUCGCACCAGCUUGUCGUCCAGCUUAUGCAACAGGCAGCCAAACAAGGUCAUGUCAAUCUGACCGUCAGGCGCAAAGUGGUUUACACAGUUCCGAAGGCAGAGAAUGAAGUCCCGUCCCCAGCCUCUUCCCACCACAGCAGCAACCAGCCGGCCUCGCUGACAGAGGAGAAGCGAACGCCGCAGGGCAGCCAGAACUCCCUCAACACCGUCAGCUCGGGCAGCGGCAGCACCAGUGGCAUCGGCAGUGGUGGUGGCGGGGGCAGCGGUGUCGUCAGUGCCGUGGUCCAGCCCUACGAUGUGGAAAUCCGCCGCGGUGAAAACGAGGGGUUCGGCUUCAUGCUUUUUUCUUCCCUUUCCAACCCCCAAACCAAUACAAAAGCGGGAAAUGCAUGUGUGGCCAUGCCUCACAAAAUAGGUCGGAUAAUUGAAGGGAGUCCCGCAGACCGCUGUGGCAAGCUGAAAGUAGGCGAUCGGAUCUUGGCUGUGAAUGGGUGCUCCAUCACCAACAAGUCGCAUUCAGACAUCGUCAACCUCAUUAAGGAAGCGGGAAACACCGUUACCCUGCGCAUCAUUCCAGGAGAUGAAUCCUCCAAUGCUACUUUAUUGACCAAUGCAGAAAAAAUUGCUACAAUUACAACCACACAUACUCCUCAGCAAAUACCACAGGAGACCAGCAGGAACAACACCAAACCAAAGCAGGAAUCCCAGUUUGAUUUCAAACCACCCCAAGCAGCACAGGACCAAGACUUUUACACUGUUGAGCUGGAAAGAGGAGCCAAAGGGUUUGGCUUUAGCCUGCGAGGUGGCCGGGAGUAUAAUAUGGAUCUGUACGUGUUGCGGCUAGCUGAGGAUGGUCCAGCUGAGAGAUGUGGGAAGAUGAGGAUCGGUGAUGAAAUCUUAGAGAUCAACGGAGAAACUACCAAGAACAUGAAGCAUGCUCGGGCCAUCGAACUGAUUAAAAACGGUGGCCGUAGGGUCCGCCUGUUUCUGAAACGUGGAGAUGGCUCUGUCCCAGAAUAUGCGAUGAUACCUCCUAAUAUCGCUGCAUGUAUGAGAAAUGACAAGCUCGGGGAGUCUUGCUUCUACCUUAUGGGCCAUAAUCAAACUACGACCCCAGCAGUGACAGGAACAGUCCCGCCACAGGUUCACAAAAUGUAUCAGAAAUGAAACCCGUGCCAUCCGACCGACGGCAGCACCCAUCAUCGGAGUCCAGUUAUCCACCAGACCUUCACAAAUCAUCACAACAUGGGGACAAGCGGACUUACGUUAGAGACCUAAAAGGCAGCAGAGAGUUUAGCAGACAUCCCAAUGAACACCACACUUGGAAUGGGACUUCUAAAACCAACGACCACGUGCCAGGCAGGAGGAUGGAGAGGUCGCCGGAGAGGAGGCACGAGCGGCAGCCGGAGAGGGCAGUGGUGAAUGGGCAGAAGAGGAGGUCUCCCGAAAAGCGGAGGGAAGGGACGAGGAGCGCUGACAACACUCUGGAGAGGCGGGAGCGACACGAGAGGAGGAGAGACCUCUCCCCCGAGAAGCGCAGAGAGCGGUCGCCCAGUCGCCGCCGGCGGUCGCUGGAG